AUGGACAAGAAACCUGCAAAAGUGGAAAGUAUUUUAUUAAGGUGGGUUGUUUUUCUAGGUACAGGAAACUGGUUCUACUGUUCCAUUCUUUUACUGAGUUUCUUUGGGAUCCUGACUGCCUACUCUACAUUGCUGUUGAUACUUGGAUUUUUGUUGAUUUGGGAUGGGAGGCAUGAUCUACAGCUGCACUGGUUUCAUAAGAUCCUGACUCUGCUAGUGAUUUUGCUAUCCUCGUUUUUUAUGUGGAUUUUAAGCGUUUACUGGAAAGACAGGUGGUUGACAGCUGGGCUUUCACUGAAGGUCUUUGCUCCCUACAUACACCUGAGCAGCAUACCUGUGAUGGUUCUCAUUUCCUGGCCUGUGGCCUUCUACUUAAUCCAUUUGGAAAGAGAAGCUAGAAUCAGAAAAUACAAGAUGACAAGUCGUGAGAGAAGAAGAGUCAAGAGAUGUGAUAGACUCACAAAAUUGAGAGCUCUACAAGUGGCUAUUGGAUUGCCCUUUUUUCUUAUCCUUUUAUGUCUCUAUGUGGUCCCAUUGGGGAUUUACUCUCCCUGCAUUCAGGAGAAGGAUAAAUUGGGACCCAAGCCAGACAUCUUUGGACAUAGAGGUGCACCCAUGCUGGGGCCUGAGAAUACCAUGAUGUCCUUUGAGAAAGCUAUUGAACACGGGGCUUUUGGGCUGGAGACUGACGUAUACUUAAGUUAUGAUAGCGUGCCUUUUCUCAUGCAUGACUAUGACCUGAGAAGAACAACCAAUAUUCGGAAAGUCAUGCCAAAUGCCUCCUUUGCACACCCUUCUUCUUUCACAUGGGAUUUCCUGUCGACUCUGAAUGCAGGCGAAUGGUUUGUACAACCACAGCUCAAACCAUUUUACAAUAUGAAACCCAUAUCAGAGGCUGAUAGUAAAAAAGCAGAAAGUCAGACGAUUCCAAAACUAGCUGAUUUAUUGGAACUUGCACGGAAGGAAAAAAAAUUUGUGAUAUUUGAUCUUAACAGCCCUAAACAAAAACAUCCUCACAGAAACACAUAUGUCCGCCAUGUAGUAAGCGUGAUCCUUGACUCUAAAAUUGAGCAACAUCUGAUUUAUUGGUUGCCAGGUUUUGAUAGGGACUAUGUCAGGAGCACAGCUCCUGGUUUUCAGCAAGUCGGCCGGCUUUACUCCAUCGAAAGCCUUGCAUAUGAAAAUCUGAGUAUAAUAAAUGUUGACUAUAAGGAAUUGUUCUACAAUGGAUUGAAAGACUAUAAAGCAGCUAACAUCACCAUCAACUUAUACCUCGUGAAUGAGCCUUGGCUCUACUCACUGGCCUGGUGCUCCAGGAUUCACUCCGUGACCACGGACAACAUUCAGACCCUAAGUCAGCUAAAUCACCCUUACUUCUUUAUGACGCCAAAUUACUAUGUCUUCAUGUGGCUUUUCGUGGAUAGUGUUUCUGCAAUUUUCAUUGUUGCCAUAUUUUAUUUUCAUUGGUGGAAUGAGAACGAAAAAGAAAAAUUCUUCAAAAGCACCAGUACUCAUAAAGAUACUCGGAACCUCCCAAAGGGAAAAACUAAGAAGUCAGGAGCUUCUGUUAUAUCCAAACCACCCCCCCAAGUUAAGGAAAGCCCUUGGACUUUAGAAGCCCUCACCCCAGCUUUAACCAGAAGCACAAGGAAACACCCAGGCCCUCAGCAGUUUUCAGCAGUCCCUGAGGAGAAAGCCAGCAAACCACUGAAGCCUGUCAAAGAUGACGUAACACAACCAGUGCCCACCCAGGAGGACUUUGAACUCGCCCAGGAACCCACCAGAGAGGCCACCCACAAAACUGCUUUGCCUGACUUGAAGGCGAAUGAACCAACAAUUUCUUCUGCAGAGGUCCCUCAUCCUGAAACACAACCAGAUUACACCCCCAUUGUUGAAUCCUCCCAAUAA